AUGGACACGAAGGCGGCCCUGGAACGGAGAAGUUGGAGAGGAGUAACAAUUAGAGGAGCCGAAGAACGCGAGGGUCCAAGACGGCGUGUCGCCGGAGAAGUGGUUAACCUGCCAACAACAACAGCAGCACACCGAUUUUGGGAAUUAAGGGGUUUCAAUUUGGGAAUUCAGGGUUUCAAUUUUGGUAGAGAUGUCGUGAGAACGGGGGAGAAGAUCGCUAGAAAGGCUGGUAACAAGAUAGGAUAUAGUGAUAGUGGUUCACCUCAGCAGCACAUAGCAAAGAAUACAGUAUUCGACUAA